AUGCCGAAGCGCAAGCCUGCAUCGAUCGAAGAGAGCUCUGAUCAUCUUCGGACACAAGAUGUAGUUUCAUCUCGGCCAUGCAAGCGUCUACGCAUCGCAAAUGCAGCUUACGACCCGCCACCCCGGGACAUUCUUACCAAGAUAUCUUCUGAGAUCCUACUGCGAAUUCUAUCCUUUCUCUCUUCGUCAGAACUCCUCGACAUUUCACCAACUUCGCAUCGACUAUACCGCCUUGCCUCAGAUCCUCAUCUCUGGCGCGAACAUUAUUAUGAGCGUUUUGUGCUCCCACGCGCGUUGCGUAUACCUGGCUUCCGUCUUGGCGGAGCCGGCGGUACCAAACUCCAAUACUCGGCGCGACGAGCCGUUUGGGCCGAUGGAAGGAAAGGAAGAGCACCUGACGACGAGUUCUUGAAGGAGAGCAGCGAGAGCGAGAGCGUUGACUGGAAGAGACAAUACAAACUGCGUCAUAACUGGGCCAGAGGCAAAUGUGCGGUAGAGGAGGUCAGCGUGCGAGAUGCACCUGACGGCAGUGAUGGUCAAAAGAAAACGCUGGUCAAAGUCAUUGAGGGUAUCGCAAUAACGGCUGAUUCGGAAUCUGGAUUGCGCGCAUGGGAUCUACGGACGCGGCGGCCAAUAGCGCAAAUCGAUCUUUGCGAGGACGACGAGUGUGACGAUACUGCACCGGCAUCACUGGCAGUGGACGAAAGCGGUUCUGCAACAACGGUGGACAUCAUAGUGGGAUUCGCCGAUGGGGGUUUCGGACUUUGGCGGUUGAAUCUCCAACAGCAAGAAUUGAUACGAAGAUACCGGCACGAAAAAAGCUGCAACGGGGAAGUCGUUGCAGUUGCGCAAGGCUUUCCUUACGUACUGACAGCGACAGCUGCUGGUUUGAUCUCGCUCUACACAUUUAAUCGGCCAGCCGCCGAGCCCACAGAUGAUUUGACGAACAAUGCAAACAUGACUGGAGAGCCGCUAUUGUAUGGAGCACUAAAGCAACAGUCGGAACCCCGAAAGAAGAGCACGACCCUACCGCCUCCAUACCUUCUUACAUCUCUAAAGUCGCACACCACUCAGCUUCCUCUUGCGCUAUCAAUACGACGCAUGUCGUCCUCCGUGAGCGCCUCUAUCGCCUACACCUUCCCUGUCCGUGAUGGCUGGUGCAUCGGAGUCCAGGAUCUACUCAUCACGCCGUCACCCGAUAACGCCGUCGUUGACAAAUUGACCUCUCGCCUUGCGUCGACGCUCCCUAUCGCCGCCUCAGGCGGCGGCGUCGACUCUGUCCGAACCAACAGGUCACGUUCAGAGCUUAUGACACUCUGUUACAGCCACCCAUACCUCCUCGCCACAUUACCGGACAAUACACUCGUCCUUUACCUCUGCACAUCCACUGCUACAUCCCUCUCGCUGUCUUCUGGUAUACGCCUAUGGGGCCAUACGUCCGGAAUCUCAGACGCUGAGAUUACACCGCGGGGUAAGGCUGUUAGUAUUAGUACGCGGGGUGACGAGAUCCGCGUAUGGGAGCUAGAGGGUCGGGUUGGAGGCAGCAGCAUCGAGGUACGACCUACGACCAGGCAACCAGCCGAUGGCGCAGACAGCCCUACGACAGCCCCGCGGGCUGAGUGGGAGGACCGCAGGAAUUGGGUUGGCUUCGACGACGAGAUGGUCAUUGUUCUCAAAGAGGCGCGAGACGGCCGCGAGAGCCUAAUGGUAUACGACUUUACAUGA